UUCACAGGCGAACGGUUUCGACUUGAAAGACAAUUUGGAAGCGUGGCGAAGUCUCCCGUAUGCAGCAUCUAUGUAUUAUCCUUACGACUCUGCAGCUUUAGCGGGCUAUCCAUUUCCUAACGGAUACGGUGUUGAUCUGAAUGGGGCUCGACGUAAAAAUGCAACGCGAGAGACGACGAGCACCUUGAAGGCGUGGCUGAACGAACAUCGCAAGAAUCCUUACCCAACGAAAGGAGAGAAGAUCAUGCUGGCCAUUAUCACAAAGAUGACCCUCACCCAAGUGUCCACCUGGUUUGCUAACGCUCGACGGAGGCUGAAAAAAGAGAACAAAAUGACGUGGUCGCCAAGAAACAGAUGCGAGGAUGACGAUCUUGACGACAGAGACGAAACGGACCAGAGGAUCAAAGACUCAGACAGCAAAAGGGUGGACAAAGAAUCUGAAGGGGACCGACGAAGAGAUGAUCAUCAUCACACGCGGCAAGGAACAGGAUCUGAUGAUGGAAAGAUGGACUUUGUGGAUGUGGACGACGACUGUAAAUCUUGUGCAUCUACUAGUACCGAUGGCCAUGUUAUUACCAAUAGUUCGGACAAGGAAAACUGUUCUCUUCUCAAACCCCACCGGGUUCCUAGCCCUAUUUCGGACGCCUCUUUAGGGUCUGAGGAUUCUGAAGAAUCCUCGCAAAAUUCCUCGAUGCCCCACCCCGCGCCUACAGAACUGCCUCCUCAGAGCCAACAACAGAAGCCUCGAAUAUGGUCGAUAGUGGACACAGCAACUUCGACGCAAGGGCCCAGUUCCUCCAACCUUCCUCCCGGUGCUUCCUCGAGACUAAGUCCCUUGCAGAGGGCGGCCUACCUCAGCCCCUAUCCUAAACCAGCUUCGUGGUACGCCGGCACGCUCGGCAAUCUCAGUGUAGUGACCAGCGUUGGGGGCACGUUCCCUCUUUCUGCAGUGUACUCUUGCCCACCUAUUGGCGGGGCCCCUACGGGGGCUACUCCGUCUCUUGCCGAAUCGUCGGCGGUGUCAUCGCUCAACAGGCUAAGGACAGCUGCGGCCGCCUUUCCCACCGCUGCUACUGCAGGGGAACUGUCUUUACACAAAGCGGUUGUGGCGGCAGCUGCUGCGGCAGGGUCCUCGCCCCCACCCUCCGUGUUCAAUUUAGCCACGAAGAUGAGUGGAGGACCUCUUCUUACAGGUAGUGACCAACAGCAGCAACAUCCUGGAUCAGUAUCGCGGUCAUCAUCAUCAAGUGGUUCGGCUGCCGCCAUUGCGGCCAUGGCCAGCAGUACCGCUAACAGUGUCAUCAACAGCGGUCCCAGUCAAGGCCGUGUGAUCUCCUAAUGUAUUAUAAUUAAAAAUCAAGUGGGACUUCUCAGACACGACAUGAUGUCGCAUUGAUCUGAUACAAAAUCAUGUUAGCACUCCAGGCAGUGAAUUCUUGACCACCCAGAGCAUAUAAUUAGAGAGAACAAAAUAAAAAGGUGUUUGAGAGGAAAUGUGACCAAAUUUAUAUAGAUAAAUGCUUAGACAUUUCUAUAUUAUUCGCUACUUAACUGCACAACAAAGAGUACUUUAAGUAUCGUAACCUCAAAUGCUAUUAGAAAUUUCCUGAGGCUAAAUCUUUGUUUUUAAUACUUACUUGGAAAAACCUUAGAUUUCCAAAGUGAAACAUUUCUUAAUCUGCUUCGUUAAAAAUGGCAAAGGAAUUUUUUUUUUAUCUUAUACCUUACUAAAAAAUAUUGAGCAAUAAAAUUUUAAUCACUUUCCUAGAAAUAUCGUCUAAUAAAAUCUUUGGAAGUCCAUGUGACAAAAAUAUCUUUUUAACCUCUCUUUAUUAGAUUUGGAUAGCAAAUAGUAUAUACAGGUUAUAAAUGCAAUAAACAAAAUUAAAUUUAUUAUCAUUUCCUCACAUUUCGUACUUGUAAGUUAGAAAAUGAAACAUCUUUGCGGAUACUAUUUUAAACAAUUUAGUUUUCAAUAAUUAUCACAAUUUUUGUCAAUAAAUAUUUAUCAAAAACUGCAAAGUUUCUAUCAUUUUUUACUCUUUUGUAUGCUUUUGAUGCGGAACGUGUUAUUGCUCUGGAAAAAUCAAGUAAAACACUGUCUUUCAUGCUAUUCGGGUGAUCCAAUGGAUUAUAAGCCCGAUAAGAAAACGAGCAACGUUCCUCAUUAAUGUAUUAUAAUUUACACACUUACGUGGAUGGACUACGGAUUUAUCACAUAUGCGUUGAUAUCAGCUGCAUAAUAGACCUUACAACUAGCUUGAUAAACUUUGCAGGCUCAGUUAACAAGUUCCAUACUCUAGCACUUGAAGAAGAGAAAUACGAAAGAUCAGUUCUCUCUUUAUCCUGAUUUCUGUUAGAGAAUUAUUACGAAGAAAAUAUUACUGAGUUCCGGUUCUUGAAAGGCCUUCUCAUAUCAUAUUCACUGAUGAUUGUGAAUGCUUUGGAAAAGUAAUUACCUUUUAACAGUGAAAAUAUUUUUCACUUGCAAAGACGGAAAAACUGAAAAAAAAAAAAAAAAGUGAAUGCUAAGGAAUAAAGAAUGUUAGAGAGUGUGUUUUAAAAUUUAUUGAAAUGCAGAGUAACUUAAAUAAAUCCUUUUUAGUGCAUAUAAAAUAGCAAUUUUAUUUACUUAUAAACUUGCACUUAAGUAUUAAUUUUGAACGAAUGAUUUCCUUAAAUAUCAGUGACUGUGAUAUGAAUGAAUUUUUGCUUCGAAAAUCACUAAAGUUUGCCUAUUCAUUGAGUUGAUGUAUGAAGGACGAAACUCUGGAAAAGUUGCUGCUUCUUCGUGGACGGAAUAACGUAAAAAUUACGCACUCUCAUUUCAACAGAGGAAAAGAAAAAAGCCAAAUGUUUUUCCUAAUAGGACUUUUGUUCAUUAUCAAUGUAACUGCGCUUUUAUAAACCAAAGCUUGUAAAUAGUCGACAUAAGAUAGAUAAAUAUAUGUGUACAAAUGUUGUUUUUUCGCCUGCUUUAUGGACAUAAAAUAUAAAGGAUAACACCAGCAGGAACUGGAAUUUAAUUUAUUUCUUCGCCAAGGAUGUGAGAUAUUGACUAGUGAUAUAACAAAAAUGGCGGUUUAUUGACUCCCGAAUUGCUGAAACCCCCUUACCCGUAUUUCUGUUUUCCCUUUUGGAAUUGCCAUCUCCUUGUUGUCAAUGACAAACUCUGUUUAUGUAUCAAUAAAUGAAAAAGUGUUUCCUUUA